AUGGGUGCAUCAGCUACUGAUGCGCAGGCGCAGGCCGACCAAGAACGAAAACUCAAGAAGGAGGCUCGCAAAGCUGAGCGCAAGGCAAAGAAGUUGGCAGAGUCUCUGGAGAAAGAAGCUGGAGACGGAGAAGAAAAGUCUGCCAAAACCAAAAAGGUUAAAAAGGCAGAUAAGAACCCUGCCCUAGAGGCACAAAUUCUGCUGGCAGAGAAGAAUCGUGAUGAGUACUUGGAGAAGUCGAAGACUCUUGAGGCUGAGGCUCAGAAGUUGUUGAAGCAAGCUGAAGAGGCAACCAAGAUGUACAAGCAGAUUACUAAAGCUCUCGAGAAAGUAACUGAGAGCGGCGACAGCAAACUCCUUGUGAGCCUCAUCGGCGACGGCGGCCACGAUGUCGGCCCUCCAAGUGAUGAAGACGACAACGAGACCAAGGAGCAGGAGACCAAGAGUGAGAAGAAGAAGGAUAAGAAGAAGAGAAAGAGUGGCGAUGUCGAGAUAGCCAAGGUGGAAGCAGCUGCACCUACUCAAGAGGCCAGCGAUGCCGACGAGAAACCCAAGAAGAAGAAGAAGCAUUCGAAGUCGCAGUCCGAGGCGACUGACGGCAAGAGAAAGAGGCAGGAUGACGCGGCCGAAGCACCGGCCGGCAAGAAGGAAAAGAAGGAGGAGAUCAAUAUCGAGGGCCUCGAAGGAGGAUCCGCACGCCAAGAUAAGUUUCUCAGACUCCUAGGGGGCAAGAAGGCCGGCGCCAGUAUUGCGAAGCCAGGCAGCAUCGCCGCUAGUAAGAAUGACUCAGUCAAGGCCGAGGCAGCCAUCCAGCGCCAGUACGAGGCCGGUAUGCAACUGAAGGAAAGCGGCCACAAACGCCGUGGUUUGGGUGCGUAG